AUGAAGCCUAAGAAGCAGCAACCAUCAUCAGUGUGCGAUAAAAAACCCUCCGGGAGUAGUAGUGCGGCAACAGGACCGACAGCUCUUGCAUCCGCUAGUGGAACAGAAGCAAAAUCAACUAUCAAUGCGAGCACCACCAGUUUAACAACCGCUCCAGCUAAAAAACCGAUCAAACGUUUGCAAUCCAAAACCAAAGAAAGCUCACCGAAUGUAACGGCAGGUUCGGGAGUAACAGUAACAACCAAUUCGGGAGCAACUGCCGCAGGAAAAUCAGCAGAAAAGUUACUGGCUAAUGUUCAGCAAAUUGGAAGCCAACAGCAGUCUGCUAAAUCGAAAUCGUCCACUGCGAACACGGGAAAAACCAAGGUGGUGACGACGCUGGCAAAUGCAUCUAAAAAUGUCACCGCUGCUGCUGGUUCGGCAGAAUCAUCAAAGAGCGGCAGCAAAGUUUUGACAACAGAGUCUAUAACGAAUACCAGUUCAGCAUGCCCUGUCACCGGGGCGGGAGUUGGAAAAUCUGAAACAUUGAUAAGUUCAUCUGGCAAAGGCAAUAAGAAUACCGUUCAAGCGAUUAAACCAGAUUCGGUGAAUCAGCCGACGGUACAGAACCAGAACUCUACGGUCAAGGGAAAUGCCAAGGAUAACACGGAACGCCCAAAAAAACCGGCGAAAGAAUCAGGAAGUGCAUCGAAAAGGUCAGCCGGUCAAACAGAAAAAUCGGACGUCGGAAAAAGAAAACAAUCUAGCACCAGUUGUAAUCCGUCACCAAUCACUAGUUCUGGGGAGGGUCGGGGGGUUGGCAUUCCGCUUACGGCAUCAUCAAUUGAUUCAAAGUUACGGGAAAAGGAGAAGAAAAUUCAGAAGGAGUUGAAGAAUCUCGGUGUUCCGGAUAAAACGAUCAAUCAAUCGAUUGACGCGGCAUAUUUGUUGGAGUCAGCAGUCGAAUCUGUAGUCAACCCGUCGAUCAGCGAGAUGGUCAAGACAAAAUCUCGAACCACGGUAGCCCAGGGCAAAUACGGUGGUGGCGGUGGCGACAAUGCUGUUGCAAGUGGUGUAAUGGCAAGAAAAUCAUCUAUAACUUCCGAAGACGGUGCGGAUGGAGAGACAGAAAAAUCAGUAAAAGAAUCGAUAGCCGGUAACACUGGGAAGCCUAAGAAAUCAGUAACGCUGAAGGUGGACCGCCAGCCAGGCGAAGGUUCAAAGAAAAUGGGUGGAAAGACAACAUCAGCGAAGGAAGUGGGUGAGAAACUCGUCUCGAAAUCGGGACGAAAGGAUGAUAAGGGAACGGCGGGUACGAGUAGCACUUCGGGAGGUGCCAGUGGUGCUGCGGCGAAAUCGUCAUCUGCGAAAGCAACCGGGCAGGGUGCGAAAUCUAACAAAAAGGCGAACAAUUCGUCUGGUUCCACCGAGCCGAGAAAGAAAUCUGGCAUCGCUGAACUUGCACCAAAGGGCACCGAGCAACAGAAAAAAGACCUAGCAACGGAACUUCCAGUUGUCAAACAAUCCACCGAACAGCAGGAAGGUGCUAUAUCCAUUGGUCGUGGUAGUUCGAUAGAGCAGGAAGACCACGAAGAAAAGAACGAAGAGGUUCACAUUAGAAUAGACAGUAUAGUAAAGGCACUGGAGCGAGAGGACAUUGAAACACCCAGCGGCACAAAGAAAGAAUCUGAUGCAGAGACGAGAAAAGAAGAAUUAGCUGAUGGGGCAAUAGUUAUUCCACCGAUAGUUUCUACAGAUGGCACUGUUCCGAUCGAUGCGAAAACGAAAAAGCAGUCGACACCACGCAAGCCAUCUGCCAAGAAGGAAGGCUCGAUGGCAGCUUCUAAAUCGAAGGCAAAAGAAAUGAACGAAAAGAAAAAAUCCACCGUAGCUGAUCAGGCCAGCAAGAAGGAGGUUAAGUUUGAGGAACAAACUCCGGCGUCCCCUGCAAAGCGAAAGUAUGUAAAAAAGUCCAAAUCUGGGACCACCGAGGAUACAGCCGUUGGAGAGAAACCGGCCAAAAUGGCUAAAUCUGGUACGACCAAGAAAGCUAUUGCCACCAGCAAAGUAAAACAAAUAAAUGCAAAGACGAAUAAUAAGGCCCAAACAGUAGCAACAGCAGAAACUGAUGGUGGCACAACAUUGAACGAUUCGUCCAAGGACGAUAAAGCUGUUGACAUUUCUCUGGCACCUCAAGAACCAGCAGCAGCGAGUACGAUCAAUUCUGUGCCUAACCGUGACCGUUCAUCGACGGAAAAUGAUGACGAUGUGCCGUUACGUCAGCUUCAACAGAAACAUACUCCGGGACAUCCUACCACAGAAAGCUCUGUGUCGGGCAAGGACAAACCUGCAACCAGUUCUCAGCCAUCUACGCCCCAGGAUCAUAUAAGUACCGUACAGGAUCAAACGACUGACAAAGAGAAAGAAGAUCGUUCGGACAUUGGGUCGGAAAUAAAUGUUCCUUCAAGCGCGGCCGGUCCUAUUCUUGCAGGAUUACUAAAGAGUUCCGGUAAACAAGGAAAACGUUCUUACGUUCGCAAAAAUGCUACGAGUGGAGGAAGCGGCAAAAAUUCUAAAUUAACAGCGGUCAGUGGUACUUGCUCUGUGACGACCACCACCGUGGCCGACGAAUGUCAUUCGAAGGAACGCAAAUUGGAAAAGAAGGAUGUGUAUGAUUUUGAUGAUUCUGAAAGCGAAGUUGAAGCACCGGUAAAGCCCGGGAAACCGAGCUUUAAACGGAAGUCCUCCGUGGACAUUAGUCAGUCGCGCGAGGAUAUCUCACGCGAUGCUACGGAAGAUUCACAGUUGAUAAAACAGGAAGUGGAUGAUGGGAAAAAGGAGGAGACACCAACAGUCAACGACGUUGGCAGUGUUGGUGAUAAGCAAAAGUGCGGUGUGGAAAAUGAAACGUCAAAGCGAACCGUUCCAUUAAAGAAACAAAAGCGUAGGAUAGAGGCAGCAUUGUCGGAAUCGGUGGCGUUACCGAAAAAAGAACAAAAAGGUGACGUUUCUUCCGAUUCCGAAGCAGAACAAAACGAUGAAGUUGAUCCGGAUGCGCCCGAGAUGAAGGCGAAAAAGAAAGCAACUGCGCUUACAAAAAAGCUCAAACAGGAAGCGAAGGAAAAUCCACAUUCCUCAGCAGAUGAGGCGGACGAUGACGAAGAAGGAGGUGCCGAUGAUGCAGAAGAUGAUGAGAAUAACGAUAGCGGCGAUUCUGACGGCUGUUCGUCCACGGAUACAGUGCGGACACGCAUCGUAAAAAAGCGCCAGUCGGCAAAGAAGCGCAAUGUAAAGCUGUAUGGUUUUUGGUCUGGUCCAAAACGCCAUCGUGUAGCAUCUUUGAACGCGCUAGCAAAGGUGCACUGCCUGUACGAGAAUGAGAUGCGCGGUGCACUUGAAGCUAGCCUGAUGAGCCAGUCGAGUGGGUCGCGUGUCAUCCGCACGAUCACGAAGGACGGUGAGCGCAUUAAAAAGGAACGUAUAUGUCCGGAGGAGGAUAGUGCGGGCGAAGAAAGCCGCUCGGGGGAGAUGAUAUGCGGUGACAUGCCGGAACAAGGCAAAGGUAAAGAGCCAGAGCAAGGCAAAAGCAAGGAACUGGAGCGGAAAGAGGGCGAUAAGAAGCGCGAGGAAAAAAAGGAAAGUAUGAAACAGGAACGGAAAGAGGCGCCAUCCCAGCAGCAUAAGCAAACAGAUGGUGUAGCCCGCGAAGAGGUAAAACCGAAGGUCAAAGAGGAAGCACCCAAAAAGGACAGCGAUCAAGAUAGUGCAGAAUCGAGUGAGGAGGAACCGGUCGUUAUGAGAAACCUUCGCUAUGUACCAGGGCUACGCGGAGCUGGCAAACAUUGGGAUCCCGAUGCUUCCAGUUUGGAGUCAGAAAUCGAACAAUUGCCUGACAGUGACGAAACGUACGCACAGGGUAAAGAUACUGAUCCUACCCGCAAACGUAAGGUGAAAAAGAAGGUGGUGCGGAAGAAGAAGCCGGAGAAGGUGUCCGAAAAGACGGAAAAACCACCUAAACCGCCUGUGAAGAAGAUUAAAAAAGAGCUGAAAGCUUUGAUGACAGACAAUGAACGGCAAGACGAUGGAACAGUCAGCUCGUCCUCUACAGCAUCGGAGAAAGUGGAGAACACCAAAGGUAAACCAGAUGAGGGAGUCAAGAAACGGAAGCGCGAACCAAAGUGCGAAAAGCCAGAUACGGGUAGUGAUUAUAAGGACUACAUUGGCAAGAAGCGCAUGGCGAGUCUGAACGCAACGGCGAUGCUAGCCGCUACUUAUGAAGUACAGCGAGUUCUAUACCGGAAUACAGACUCUAGUGAUUCCGAAUGUUCAGCCGAAAAGGUACCAAAAACGAAAAAGGGUGGCAAAGAAUCAAAAGACCAAAAAGAGACUGCAUCCAAGGAGUCUGCUGCCUCGGCGAGCAAAAGUGAUGGAAAAGAGAAGAAGGAAUCGACGGGCGAGAAGGAGUUGCAGUCCAGUCAACAUGCAUCAUCGACAUCCUCAGAUAACAAACAUCUUAAUCAGGAAACAUUGACUAAGAAGAAGAAGGUGGUCAUUAAGACGGAACCGAUGCGCGAUCGUAAGGACGAUCCGAUGGAAGUGAAACGUGAAAUAGAAGAGCCACGUCCUGUAUCGAGCAAUUUAGUUAUCGCACAAGACACGGAAGUCACGAUUACCGGUGUGUAUGUGAACUCUUCGUUAGGAGCUAAUCAAGAAGCGUACUGUAAAAUGCAAUAUAGAGUACAGCAGAGUGUGACCGAGGAGCGGUUGGUACGACCAGGAGAAGCACCACCGAAAUCGUACACUCCCUUGUCCGCUCUAUCCAGCAUGCGGCCACCGAAUGAUCAGACUCUAUCAACACCGCCGCUGUUCGUGCCGCCUGCUCAAUGCGACUCGCCGCUAGGUCCACCGAGAGCAUUUUAUCCGCCACCCACAUCAUCAUCCGGUAGUUCCAGCGCCUUCUGUGCACCUAUGCCGCACGACAGUCCAGAUAAUUUUUGA